UUUGUCCUCCACCUCAGAGCUUCAAGUCGGCGCAAUUCUGGCAGCUCUUAUUCCAUCCAGCCCUCUGUAUCAAUCAAAACAAUCUUCGAAAGAUUCUUUCUGGCCAGCCCUCCUGCAUCUCAACCACAGCUCCGAUCGUUGCUUUCGGUCGCUUGUUAGCUCAACCCGACCAAGUCGCCCAUGCGAACGGGACUGAUAGCAGGCUACUCUUUCGCAUCGGCUUCCACAAUUAAGUCUUAGCUACAAGCUUCAUGUCCAACGAUUCUCCCACAUUCCUACUUUCUCCACCGCAGUAAUCGUCGGACGGACUGCAUGAUUAUGGAUAAUUCAGGCCCAAAAGCGAUCCUGACACCCGAGAACUUUCACAAUGCGCACGAGAUUUCACGGGCUACCUCUCCAGGAGGCGAGCCCGCGGGGACCAACGGCGAUGGUGAACCAAUAGCUCGUGUCCGGCCUCGGACAUACCCAUACUUCAAAUAUCUACCGUAUUCGCUCGAGAGCGAGACCGAGAGAGAUCGAACUCUACGGGAGAUAUUGAGCCAGCUCUAUAUCGCAGUGGAGGCAGGUGACUUCAGCCCGGGUGCUGUGCACUGGACGCGGGAGCUUCGAGGAUGGCUGUCACUCAAGUUUGACCCGACGCGCAAGGAACGCAUCAAUCUUGUGAGGCUCUAUUACGAACUUUGCCUGGCCCCGGGAAUCGACCCCGGUGUUUCGGAGCGGUUUGCCAGCAUGUUCAUGCUUCUCACCAAGCGCAAGCAUUACCUUCGACCGGUCAAGGACCUGAUGCUGGAUUGGAAACCCUUGUACAGAGAGUUGAAAGCCUUCGUUCUACCGACAGAAUCGGGUCUCGUGCAUUCGACCAAUUUGAAACGGAACGUCAAAACACUAACGAAGCUCUGUGCGUUCGUUCAGCUCUAUAUCGACCCUUGCGAGCUGCCGGCGAUGUUGGAGGAAUUCCUUCCCCACUAUACAACGUCAUUCUCGGAAGGUGCAUUUGUGGUCGUUGGUCUGAUCAAUUUGCUUCUUCCCACGUCUCCCCCGCCGGAGUCCCGGGAAGAUCUGCUACCUCAACACUUCAUGCCGACGUAUUUCCACCUUUGGUCGUUGGUCAGCCGUUCCAAAACCUUCGACGUCACUUUCAUGGACUUCCUCUCUCGGUUAGCGCGAGAUUCGCUUCCCGCUGCUCACAUAUCAUUUUCUGAGUAUGGAAUCUAUACCAAGGAGCAGUCGUCCCUCAUAUUCACGGCUAUUCUGCGGCUAUUGGAGAUCCCUGUAGGACAGUCAACGUCCCCCUACAGUGCUCUUGUCGAUAUUUCUUCGGGACUUGGCAUCAUGCUUGAUCGAGACACCAGAAAGCAUCCUGUGGCGCAUCACAUCGCUCGCUGGAUAGUCAUGUCCCUUUCGCCGGCAUGCCUUGACGCUGAAGAGUCGAUCCUCACCCAACUUGAAGGGUUAAUCCAAGCCGUGGAAACGUUCUUCCACCCCUCUAACUCGGGUAGUUGGACCAAGACUCUGUCCCAGUUGGUUUACUACCUUUCUGACUUCUUCAUAAUGCGCUGGAACCGCGAACAACGUGGAGAAAUGGAGGUCCCACCCGAACGGCGACUGACAGAGCCGCUGAAACGUCGUUUUGUGCUGUGUCUGCGAGAGGUGAUCUUCAUGGGAAUUUAUGCAAAGAGCGGCACAGCUAUGAGCUUUUCUUUGUCCACGCUGCAGAGUUUGGCAUUCCUCGAACCACACCUUAUCCUGCCAGGUGCUCUGCAGAGAAUCUACCCGGCACUUCAGGGUCUCGUUGAGGUCCAUCGUACGACGUCUUCGCUCCGUGCUCUUCAAGUCCUGGCACGUAUCAUAUCCAGGACCAAAGGAUAUCGUUGCCAUAUGACAACUUUACUGGGGCUCGCGUUGCCAGGUGUCGAUGCCAAUGAUCUGGAGAAAUCCUUGCACGCCUUGUCAUUCAUUCAAUCUGCCUGCUACAACAUCCCUAUGGCCGACUUGACGAGUGGAAGGGAAGAUGUAAACUCCAACAUGCUCGCCGUGCAAUGGAUAACUGGCGAGAUGGAGCGCAUGGAAGAAGAAGGUGUCGAGGUCCAAUUGAAUUAUGACAAGGAUCUCGACGACGAGACCGAGGAACUUAUUCUUCGUUCUUCAACCUGCGGCUUCGCCGACUUUAUCGUCUCAUUCUUGGGCCGCGUCUUUACGCUCUUGGAGAACCUCCCCGACGCAACCAGGGUCCGAAAUGGAUCUCCCGAGGAAAACAUUGUGAACACGCUUCCUGCAACUUUCAUGCCACUCCUGUCGUCUCUCUCCCCGGAGUACUACGACAUUGCUCUAACCAAGGUUGUUGAUUUCGUAUCCAACCAUGUGAUCCACCAGGCUCGCGAUGCCAUGGCUUUCAUCUGUAAUUCUGUGUGCAAGGUCAAUCCCGAAAAGGCAUUGAAACGCUUCAUCCCGGUGUUGACACAGGCAAUCCGUACUGAAAUCGAUGACAACGGUGCGGGCUCGACUCGAACGACGGGUACGGAUGUUCUUCCCCGCGAUCGCGGCUUGGUAUGGAAUAUCAGCAUGCUGAGCAUGUGUGUCGUCCACGUCGGGGACUCUGUGCUGGCUCAUAAGAAAGAGCUCUUCGACAUUGCCGUGUACAUGCAACAGAAAUGCAGGGGUAUCCCGACCGUGCACAUUUCGAACUUCGUCCACCACCUACUCCUGAAUCUCACGGGAACUUACACCGCCGAUUACUCGCUCUACGAGCCCGCUGCUGUGGCUAAUGGUGUACACCCCGGGCUUUGGAGUUAUCGAGCUGAUCCGCAUAGUUUGACCGUGAAGUGGCACGUUCCUACGCGCGAAGAACUUGAGUUUGCUGUGGAUCUCUUCCAAAAUCAAGCGGAGACUGCUCUUUCACGGCUGACUGCAUUGAUUGAUGACACGUCUAGCGUGAAACGGGACGGCAGCGGGAAAGAUUGGUCGGAUGAAGUUAUUAGGAGUCUAGUUCUGCUGCGCCUUAUCCUCUCCGGUAUCUCCGUGCUUUUCGAUCCCACUGCAGCUUCGAAGACCAAGGAAAGCGGGUUGAAUGGUUCAUCGAGCGAUAUAAACAUGGCAGACGCCCAGGAAGUCUCCUCUGGCAACGACACUGAGAGUGAUGAUUCAGCUCUUGAUAGUUCCGAUGAGUCUACCGUUCGAGAGUCUUUCGCAUACCCAACUGGCUAUCCACUCCAAGAGGGUAACGCGAUGCACACUACCAUCCAUUGUAUUCGAGAGAGGGCUGGCUGGGUUCUUCACGGGGUGCAUAGAUUUUUGUCCGAUAAACAGGAGGAUGACGUACCUUGCUUCAGUGCUUUAUACUCUGCAUACCGGUCGUGGUUUGUCGACGUCGGCAUUGAAAGGUCCGCCCAUGUGCUGGACAGGGUUACACGUCUUCUCGCCGCGGAUAUUCACCCUUACAAGAUGAGUGGUAUCCGUAAGGAUUACCCGCGUCCUUUGCUGGUUCGCAGAGCGAAUGUGUAUCACUUGCAACGGCUAAGACACAAUGCGGCACCGCGACCUCGGUCUCGGCUGGACGAAAUCUUGCUCCUGGACAUUGCCGAAUCAUGCGUGUCUCUUUACACAGAAACCCGUCGUAACGCCCAAAGUGCAGGAGAGUCGGCCCUCAAAGCCGUCUGGGGCUCUCGGCUACUUGUCAUCCCACCGCUGCUCCAAGCCUUGCAGAAGGGUAUCAAAGAAAAUGAUUACGCGAGAAUUAAGGGCUCAUUGUUUUCUUUGCUGUUAAGCAGCGUCGCCAGAACUGUCGGGCGUCACUGGAAAUAUGCCCCUACUUUGAUCAGGACUUUCAUUGAUGCAAGUGCGGUUGACAAGCCAUCCGUGCAGAAGAUUUGCUCCAGUGCUGUGUUUCAAAUAAUGGACUACGGUCGCUCUAUGGAGAGAAUGGCUAUCCUGAGUCGAGACCGCGUUGAAGCAAUCGCUCCUAAGGAUGAUGUUCAAGAUCAAAUUACGCAAAAACGCAAGGCCAUCAAUAAUAAACGCGCCCGUAUUGAAAAAAGAAAGGCCGAUCUGGCUGAAGAACUCGUGAAUCUGGCAAGGGUGUCUCACUGGAAGGUCGCCAGUCGAGCGGCCACUAUUGUGGUCACAAUGGGUCUCAGAUUCGACUACAUUGCGAGCGAGAAUCUCAUAGACCUCGUGACACAAGGGUCCAUUGAUGACCACCCUGGCUUGCGUGGUAUGUACUCUCAAGCGCUCAUUGCGUUAUUCACUAUGGUGGAUGUGCGUGCAAUCUGCAGUCAUGAUUACAAGAACUACAUCUUGGGCCACCAGCAUUUCCCCUCUAAGAUCAACGUAGCUACCAAGCGCUACGAGGAGGGUUGGACCCAGGAAUAUUUGUCCAGCUUUGCCAACCCAGAGGCGGAGUAUUACGUCGACCAUGAUUUCCCCGGCUGGCUUGUGUGGGGAGAUAGCAUGCCCGCGUAUAAGUCGAACGUUGCUCGCGAUAUUGAAUACGACGAAACCGAAUGGAAAGUGCGAACUCACAUGGGCAAACUGUUCAAUCGAGCGUGGUUCACCAAGUUUUUCAUGUACUUGAAACAGGAGCCACGAGACCCGUCUGCUGAUAAGUUCCGGAUGCCCUGCGCAAUGAUGCUGCUCUACGCUUUUGAAUUGAUGCUCCGAGAUGGACUCACCGCUGCCACAUUCCAAGAUAUCCAGGAAGAAGUCGCGGCUGUCUUCGAAGACGGCAGUGAUAAGCAUCAGCAUAGGGCUACUGCCGAGAUCCUAGGUGCCCUUGUGAGCUCUGUUGCAGACUCUAGCGUACAGAAUCGGACCUUGGUGUGGGAGUACGCUUUCCCAAUUGUGCAGAAGAUCUUCACGGAUGGAUUGACUCCUGAAAACUCUGGCUAUUGGACGACAUUCCUUCACAUGAUCCUCCAAUGCCGCGAUCCUCGCAGAGCUUGGCCGCUAGUCGACUGGCUUGCAAGCUUCAGGCUGGAUAUGACCACGAAUGCUGCUUUCAAGGAGAGCUCGAAGAUCAAUCUAUUACAUCAAGCUAUUAUAGAUGCAGGGUGGCAUUUCCAACUUGAGAAGCCCAUUGUUGAGGACUUCCUUGCGCACCUUGAUCAUCCCUAUAAGGGCGUUCGUGAAGCCAUGGGCCAAACCAUUGCUACAAUCUAUCGCACAAGAUAUCAUGAGUCCUAUGCAGAUGUGAAGCGUCUUUUUGCAGCACAGGAAUCUGCUUCUUCGGUGGGCACGUACCCGUACUAUCCUACUGAGGAAUUCACAGCAAUGAUGAAUGAUGUCUUCAACCGAAUUGAGAAGUGGCGACAUGAAAGAACGCCGGGUCAGCAUACACCAUCGUCGUAUACUUCGGGCAGCAAGACAGUCCUUCUCUGGCUCGACUCGACUCUCUCAUCCCAUGAAUGCACCCAACUUGUACCAUUUUUCCCGAGCGUGUUCACCGGGCAACUUCUACACAUGAUGGACGUCAAAGAAGACCCCGAGCUUCAAUCCCUCGCCUACCACGUCUUCCGUCAUUUACCAAACAUCCCAUACCCUGCCGAGGAAAGCUCUGGGUUCAUCAAAUCGCUCAUCCACAUCGGCCAGACUUCGCCCUCGUGGCAUCAGCGUUUGCGGGUGAUGAUCAAUAUUCAGAUCAUCUACUUCCGCCGCCUGUUCUUGCUCUCCGUCGCUGAUCGUGACAAGCUGUUCGAGUGUGUGGCGAACAUGCUGGAAGACCCUCAACACGAAGUUAGAGCCGGAGCAUCGGCCACCCUGUCCGGAAUGAUCCGCUGCUCACCAGUCUUUCUCCGGGAAGAAAUGAUCAAACGAUUCCAGGACCGGUUCGGCAAGAUUCUGAUCAAUAACCCCCUUCCUAAGAGGCCAAAGAAUUUUAGAUCUGGAAUCGCGUCGCCAGUCUCCUCCGGGCCCGGGACUCCGACCCCUGAACACACGCGACUCAUAAUCACCCGCCACGGUGCAGUUCUGGGACUUGGUGCGCUCAUCCAAGCAUUCCCAUAUAACAGCCCACCGCCACGAUGGAUGCCUGAAGCUUUGGCUACCUUGAGCGUUCGCGCUGCAAAUGAUCCGGGCAUAGUAGGAUCGAGUGUCAAGUCUAUUAUCAGUGAAUUCAAGAAAACCAGACAAGAUACCUGGCACAUCGAUGCGAAAGCCUUUACAUCCGAUCAACUCGAGGACCUCUCGGGUGUGCUUUGGAAGAGCUACUUUGCUUAAUCACAACAACGGGGGGCGGUCGAAGCAAAGCCGACCUAUAGGUGUUGUACUGGUUGCUAUGGGCGAAGGGUACUACUCAAAACCCUCUCGCUCCCAUGACACAGGAUAUAGGGCAUACUUCCCACCUGACGGCCCAUACCAUCUACAUAUCUGCAGGGCUUUGGAAAUGUGCGAUCCGGCUGGCUUAGUUGUAAUAAAGCGAGGAUAUCUGCUGGUAGUCAAGAUUUGGGAGGCAAUGUUGAUAUUGUAUACAGCGUUCUUUCUCAGUGGUGAUUAUUAAUCAGUACCAGGGCUCCGGUCUUGGGCCAUAGUCG